UUGUCAUUCAUUGUUUGUGGCCAGCGACCUGCACAGAAUCCUGUACCAGCAUCUCAGCCGCGACAAGCCGUCAAUCCAGGACAAGAUGCUGGUCAAAUUUACACCGGCCUCGGGACCAGUCCCGUUUAUGGCGUAAAUUUGGUACCAUUUGGGCCGGAAGCAGGUGACCAGAAGGUGCAUCCAGGAAUGCUCACAUCUGGGCAGACGAUCAACAUGCACAUGUUCUUUCCAUUCUACGGCGGCCUUUAUAAUUAUUCUGUGCUUUCUGUGAAUGGUUACAUCGCUUUUGCAACAGUCUUGGAUCAAGGCCCAACGAUAAAUGUUGGUGUGGAAUCAACAAAUUGGCCGCAGCAACAAGAUCCGGCAAUGAUUGCACCAUAUCUGUGCAAACAACAGAUCGCGCAGAAUCCAAGUCCAGGGCUGCGAACCGGUGUUUAUUAUCGAUUGAUAUUGCGACAGUCCUUGUUUGGCCGUGGCACCAAUACUAAUAUGCCAUAUGGGGGUACCAUGCAGCAGUCCAGCUUUUUUGGACAACCGGCCAGCAAAGCUUGUCCAAGUACAUCCGAAUCAUACGUACACUGUGAUCGAAACAGCGAUUAUUUUCUGGAUGAAAUGAUGCGAUGGCUUCAAGAGGGUGUAGCUGGGGCAGCAGCAUUUCGCGCUGAUGCAGCGCUGGUGGUCACUUGGUACAAUACAGCAUCGGCAGUCGUCGGCCGAUCCGAUAUUGACGCUGGCCAGUUAUCCACCUACCAAGCAAUAUGGCUCACUGAUCAGGCACUUUUCAACGGCGGCAAUCACACGGGUACAGUGCCAGUGGAUCCAACAUUUAUGUACAAAAAUACACCUAAAGUAUUGGCUCAGCGCUCUGGUGUGCCGCACAUGGUCCGCGGACGGUAUAUGUUCCGGGUCGAUGAUGUAGUCCGGCCAGCUGGAUGCUCUAAUAAAACUGGUGGCACAUUUCCGAUGCUGAUUUAUCCGAACAUUGCGAAUAUGCUCGGUGAAACAGUUGUGGAUGUCAAUGCGCUUUGCCUCGAUCGCACCCAGACAUAUAUUUUAAUGAUCGAACAGCGCCAAACAGCAUCUUGUACAGUGAUCAACUCAGCAAUUGCGCGUUGCCAUCUGCCAAAAAUCUAUGACUGGGGCACUAAAACCGUUUAUUUUCAACCACAGACUGGUGCUAGCACUGAUGAUAAAGCUUUCGUCGGUUAUAUCUACUUCGGUGAGCCACAAUUUUUUUACAAAAAAUUGCUGAAAACUGGUUAG